AUGGGGUCUACUCGACUCCAAUCUGAGGUGUUUAAGGUGUGUGCCCGACUGACUGAGGUUGUUAUCCUCGAGAAGUCUACCGAUUCAAAACAAGUUUCUGAGAAAAAUGAAGAGGAAGUUCCAAAAUCUGAGCACACAAGUGCAGAUGCUUCAUCCAUUCAAGAAUUCAUGUCUCAAGCUGCCCAUCUUGUUAAGCUUGUGGAUUCGAGGGACAUCGUGGAGCUGCAGCUAAAGCAGAGUGACUAUGAAAUUGUCAUAAGGAAGAAGGAAGCAAUGCCCCAACCACCCAUUGCAGCGGCUCCCUAUGUUACGGCGCCCCCUUCUUUUUCACAAGCACCACAAUUGCCUCGUGUGAGUGCCCCUGCCCCUGCCGCUGCAUCUCCGCCAUCUUCCGCACCUGCACCUUCAAAGCCUAAGUCAUCACAUCCUCCACUCAAAUGUCCCAUAGCUGGUACAUUUUAUCGUUCUCCAGCCCCAGGGGCCCCACCUUUUGUAAAGGUAGGAGACAAGGUCCAGAAAGGACAAGUAAUUUGUAUCAUUGAGGCCAUGAAAUUGAUGAAUGAGAUCGAGGCUGAUCAAUCUGGAACUGUAGUGGAGGUAGUAGCAGAUGACGGUAAGCCUGUUAGUGUGGACACGUCGCUGUUCAUCAUUGAACCAUGA